AUGGCACCCCAAACCCCAGUCUUGGACCAGUUCCUGGUCAGCAUUGCUGAGCUUGUUAAGAAUCGUGAUGGCACAAAGCUACAGGACUACCUUCAAAUCGAGCCUCCUCUGUCAGAAAUCUACCUCCGAAUGGUCGAGGAAUUGCGCCUGCGAUACAAGCCCGGUCCCCAGAGCGAUACCGAACUCCAGCAACGAUGCGAGGUCCUAGUCCCGCAUACUAAGGGCGGGUCACCUUGGUCUGCUUUCCCAACCUUCAUGAGACUUUAUUUCUCAUUCCUGCGAGACGUCAAUGUCGAAAAUCUUCUCGAAACAUACAAGCUUCUCCGGGCUCUAGUGAAUCAAUGUGUACUGGCGCUUGGAGAUAGUCUUCACGGAGUCAUCGUUCUCCCCACCGUUCUCUACCUCUCGAAAGUUAUGGCAAAAUUGGCGAUGGGUUUGGAUCGACGCCCUGAACUAAUCGCACACAUUUUGCGCAUGGAAGGUGGUCAGAAGCAAGAGGAUAGCAUGGAAAAAGUGACACUUGUGGAGCAAUCGGCCAACGUGGUGCGUGAGGCAUUCAUCAAGUGCUUGACCGAUCGCAGUGGUAGCACCGGGUCACAUGGAAAGCCCGAGGGGAAGCGAGUUGGCAUCUACUUAAUGGCAAAUUUAUGUCUGAAGCUUCUUUUCCAGUGCGGAAAACUGCGCAACGCAGAACAAAUGUUUGCUAGCAUCAGCGCCCAAUCACCCCCUUUGAUGCAUUUCCCGGCUUCUCAGCGCGUCACCUACCUCUAUUACCUGGGUCGCUAUCUUUUUUCGAACAACCUAUUUCACCCAGCCCGAAUUGCUCUGCAGGCAGCUUAUGAUCAAUGCCACCGCCAGGCACUCAGCCAACGAACCUUGAUCCUCACAUAUCUCAUCCCGUGCAACAUCAUAAUGGGCCGAUUCCCAUCCAAUACUCUUCUUCAACGACCCGAGGGACAGCCGCUAGCUGAGCACUUUGUGCCCCUCUGUCAAUUGAUUAUUAGGGGCGACUACCUCGCGUUCCGACGACACCUUUCUUUCGACUCGCCCACGGCUCAAUGGUUUGGCAAGAAUGGUAUUCUUUUGACCCUUCAAAAUAGAUGUGAAAUCCUAGUCUGGCGAUCCUUUUGUCGCAAGGUUUUCAUUCAUGGCGGUUUCCAUGGGAAGGCAGAUUCUCCAACCCCACCCCAUCUGUAUCUUCAGAAAGUGCUGUUUGCUACGAAGUGGCUUCAGUCUCGUUCUGAAAACUUGACCCCGAAUGGUACCAGCCACGCCUCGGUGAAACCUCAAUAUGGAUCACAAACUAUCUCUGAACCUAUCGACCGUGAAUAUGCAGGACUUGAGAACCCGCAAAGUGUCAACAGCUCCGAGGGCGAUAACAAGUUGAUGGGGAAAUAUGGAGACUACUUGUCACCACUUGGCUUUUUCGAUGCAAGCGGCGAAUUCAUCAAGAAUAUGCCUAGUCAACUUGUGGAUGCCUUUGUCAAGCCCGAUUACGACGAGUAUGAAUUAGAUCCCUAUGCCGAUGAGAGCAUUCUCCAAGAACAACCAGCCAUGCUCAUGGGAGAGAUUGAAUCUAUCCUAUCCUCACUCAUCACGCAAGGAUUAAUGCGUGGCUACUUGACUCAUCAAACUCCCCGAUUUGCUAUCACAGGUGCUCGACAGCGGGGUGCCUUGCCAACAGGAUUUCCGAAGGUCUGGGAGACCAUCUUCAAGCGAGAGAGCGAAAACAACAGUGUUCCGGGCUGGGUCAAGCCACGAGUAACUCCAAUGGGUCCACCGGCAGUUGGAGGUGGUCGUGUGCUGCACAUGACAGGGGCGCGACCUGUUGGACUGCAAUGA